CUCGAACGAACGGCUGUUUCUCCGAGACUUCGUAUCUUGCACGGCUGGCAGCAGCGGAGGUCGUUUGGCGAGAUGGUUACAGCCGGACAGUUUCGUAGAUCCCUCGAAAUGCGAGGCGCUUUACUCGAAGGACGACAUGAAGUGCGGAUGCCCUGCCAUCGUCACUAUACACACCAGAGAUCAGUACGGGGAUAUCGUUCAUGUACCUAAUUUAAAGGUGGAGGUGAAGGCAGUUCCUAUAGAGAAAAAAGACUUGGGAGAUUCGGAACGAGUUUCUCAACCCGAUCCGUUGACGUUCGGCGGUCAUCCUCAGCCACCCUUGGACGUGCCGUACGAGGUGACCAUCAACAACAAGACGUGCUUCUACGCGAUUACGAUCAUGAAGGCUUAUCAAAACUAUUCGUUCGAGGAGUUGAGGUUUAUGUCGCCGGCUAUAAAAAGAACGAGCGAAAGCAUGCUGGUUAGACCGAACGACGAUGGAAGCUACAGCGCGGCCUGGACACCGUCAUCCGUCGGAUGGUACUCCCUUAUGAUCACCAUAGACGGAUACGACAUGGAAGAUAAAUACAAGGUCGAGGUGAAGGAAUCGCCGCAAGGUAUGCAACCGCCCACGCAAAACGUCGUGAAGAAACCGCAACAUCAACCGAGCAGGCUUAGAAAAUUCGUGGCGAAGAACAGCGCUGGGCUGAGGAUAAGGGCGCAUCCGUCCCUUCAAAGCGAGCAAAUUGGCAUCGUUUCGGUGAACGAUACCAUAGCCUUCAUAGACGAGAUUCACAACGACGACGGUGUUUGGCUACGAUUGAACGCGGAAACGAUCAAGGAGUAUUGCAGCAGCAGCCAUCUGGAAGCUUGGUGUUUGCAAUACAAUCAACAUUUGGGGAAGACGUUGCUUCUUCCCGUCGAGGAGCCUAAAUCGAUCUUGGACCAAGUGAUCAAGGAGACGAUAUUGCGGAAAAGGCCGGAAAUAGUUGACGACAAAAGGAAGACGGUUACGUUCGACGGUGGUAGAAACAUGGUGGUCGUGAAGUGCGGCGCUUCCGGUCACAAUAUCAGAAGUAGGCCGGGAUUGAACGCGGCACCGGUUGGGAAAUUAGCUCUUGGGAACAUGGUGACCAUUCAAGAAUACUUCGUGAACGGCGAGGGUACUUGGGUACGCAUGGACGACGAAUCGAUGGCGAAAUACUGUUUCCGGAAGGGUCGGGUGGCAGAGGGCGAAGCUUGGUCCCUGGCGGUGAGCAAGCACGGCGUUACUUACAUGAAGAUCGAGCAAGAGUUCGAGAACGAUCCGAUGGAAAAGAGAGCGGCCGCGGCGUCCGACCCGUCCGACUCGCCUAAUCACAAAGGUUUCGAUUUUUCCGUGCCUUCCGUGAGUCACGAGGGCUUCAAUUUCACCGCUCAAAAUUUAACACCAGGUACAGCAGACUGUGGAGAGGGUAGUAAUACAAAUCCAUUCGUUUUUGGUUCGUACAACCAACACGAUUCACCAUCAGGAAGCGAGAGAUUCACGCCGGAGAAGGCGGACGUCUCGUCCAAGUUCUCCAAGGCCCAUUCGAAGGAGAGGGUGGCGAAGGAGAGGGAGAGAGAAGGGGGCGGUGGGAAAUUGAGCGUUCUGCAAAAGUGGUUGAGGGGCGACGACAAGUGUCACGGAGAGAAAAGAAGUUCCCCUGGCAAAGAUUUCUCGGAAUUCGUCGGUGUGUCGGUGAAGGAAUUGGUGAAGGCGAUAGGGGAGAGUCGAGCGAACGGUAACGGGCCCACGCCACCCGAGACACCGAGAAGAUUGUCGAGAAGUUCGUCGCCCAAGAAUCCCCAAGGUGGGUCACCAAGAUUUCACAGCCCGUCCUCUAGUCCGGUUCCGAUACCCGCUGGGUCCAGUCGGCAGCCAGUUGGUUCUGGUAAUUGCCUCUUCCCUCCUGCUGCUCAUGCACCAGGUGGGAGAAGUUUGAUAGGAGGGGGAGAUAGUAUCAGCAGCAGCCCAGUGCUCUGUGGCUCCCCCCGAAGUGUCGGCCUCUCCCCAUUAGUGUCUGGCGGAAUGAUAGACAGCGAGAGGUCGCAGCGACGGGGAUCGACGCAAAGCGACACAAGUGCCUUGGUCAGUAGUCUAACUAGGGAUCCUUCGCAAUCUCCAAGUGCUGUCAGCACAACUGCCAAUACCCGCGACCUCUCUCCAAGUCCAAGUUGUAGCUCUUUACACAUGAGAUCCGAGGGUAGCAUAGCUAGUCCGCCCGAUACACCGAGGCAAGAAGUCGGGGAUUCGCAAGAAAGUCCGAAAAGAGUGUCGCAGGCGCAAACGCAGACGAGUCCGGACAGCGCGACCACGGCGAUGAAAGGACACUUCAACAUCGGCUCGACCGGGCCGAAAGACGGGGCCAAGUUGGCGAGAAGGGAUCACGCGAAGAUAGCGAAGACGAGAACGAAACGCACCAUGUCUCCGACCAAUGCCCAGCAAAACGCGAACACGAAUCGUACGUUGAACCUGAACAAGGACAAGGUGAAGGAGGCCAUCAGUCCGUCGGUGGCCGAGUGUUUGAGAGCCGUGUUCGCCGCGUUCCUCUGGCACGAGGGGAUCGUGCACGAUGCGAUGGCUUGCGCCAGCUUCCUCAAGUUUCAUCCCAGCUUGCCGAAGCAGGGCGCCCUCGUUGUGACCAGGCAGGCGGUGAUACAAUCGGCGGACAAGCAAAAGCAGGAGCAGAAAGCGCGGCAAAGGCACUCGGUCGAGGUGAUCAACGCUGGCAAUUACCUGUACAUACAACCGAGCACGGUCGAGGCGUUGACCCGUUCCGCGGCGAACGCGAACGCGAACAGGAAUCGGAAGAAGCAGAAAACGGUGAUAAAGGAGGAGGUUCAAGAAAACGCGAAAUUGGACUCGUUGCCGGAAUUUCAAACGGUCGCUGUAUUGCCACCUGCCCUCAAGAGUCUGGUGUUCUUGUGGGAGGAACUGAGCACGAAUUGCCUUCAAACGAUAGAGCAACGAUCGGUGUUGCCGAGCCCGAUCUCGCAGAUACAGACGAUGAAAUUGGGGAAGCGGCCGGAGAAACGGCCGCGGGAAGACAAGGCGAAGGAACGGGAGAAGAAGAACAGCAGGAAGAAGAAGGAGUGGAAACCGGUCGGUAGGGGAAACGGGAGCGAGGUGUUGGGAGGGAUUGAGCGUGAAACGGUUUGCGAGUUGUGCGGUAUGAUGUUCCCGCAUCCAGUGACAUAUCAUAUGAAAAUGAUGCAUCCUGGUUGCGGAUGGCAUGCGGGGGGGAAAGGGUAUAACAGCGGGGGCAACUAUUGCAUAGGUUGGGCGGGGAAUUGCGGCGAUGGUGGUAUCGGCGGAAGUUCGUGGUACCUGAUCUGCGACACGUGUCGCGACAAGUAUUUGCGAGCCCGAAAGUUGAAGCUCGCGAAAAAAUUCUUGACAGGAAUGACGAAGAAGAAGAAUGCCUGUGCCAAAGUUGUGUCACCAGUUAGUAGCCCUAGCGGAAACGAAACGCACAUAAUUAUGAAGAACAAUGCUAUGUUUCUCUUAGACUUGGCUAGCGCGUCCGGAUUGAAUAUUCCGAAGCAGCAGAGGCGCCCUUCCCAAACACUGUCGUCCGUCGCGGAAAAUUACAGCCCACCGGAGGCAGCUGGACCGUUCCCACCGACUGGGCCGUUUCAGUGUUUGCAAGCUUUAGGGGUUCAUCACUCGCAAAGUCACGACGAGAGAUAUUACGAGGAGACGUUGAGACGUCAAAACGGGCAUCAAAAUGCGUACGAAGGCAACGUGAUGGCCAACACUACGAACGGAAGGCCUUUGUCGGAAUGCCCUAUGAGCGAUAGCGACGGGGAAGGUGGUAAAGGUCGUGGGAUAUUUCAUCGAUCGGUAUCGAUGUCCACCGGUGCCCCAUGGACUAGGAAUUCGAACGAUGGUAGAGUUGUCAUGAUGAGAAAACGGAACAACAGUAGCAGCGAAAUGAACACUGAUGCCGGAUCUUCCCUUCUGUGUUACCCGUCUGCAGCCCUACAAAAAUUAGUACCAUCGAUGAAUCAAUCGGCGAUUGUCUCGACGAAUCAAGAAGAAGAAGUCACCACUAACGAUAGAAUAGAAAUUCUCAUGAGGCCCGUGAUGCUUUUCGUCCUACAACAACAUAAUCUGCAACAUCUACAACUUGCGAUGAAGCAAGCAUUGAGACGCGCUGCUUGUAGAGUUUACGCGAUGCAAGCGUUAAACUGGUUGCUAAGAAGUGUGACGCAACCUAUUUGUCUUCAUGAUUUAUUGUGGUGGUUCAUCGCAUCCCUAACACCUACUGUACCACCUGAUAUUCCAGACACAAAUGACGAAGACAAUAAAACUGAUAAAAAGGAUGAUCACGAAAUGAUUGGCGUAUGCGAACAUCCUCUAAGCGAUCUUGUCAUAGCAGGUGAAUCUGUUAAUCCAUUACCAACGGUUUUUCAUACUUUAUUACAAACUAUAGCAGACUUGAUGCUUUUGCCACCUCCUGGUUCUCCUUUACAACAAGCUGCCAUUCGAUGUUGGGGCAUUAAAUUCACACCUGCGGAUCAUAUGUUCCUCCACAGAAGUCAUGUUUUUAGUAACAUUAGUAAAAUACUCUCAAGAUCGGAAGAAGAGGAAGAUAUUACGAUGAGCAUGCAUGAAAGUCAUCAAUCAAUUCAUUCUCAACAAAUUAAUAGUUGCGUGGAAGUUUUGAAGGAUUUAACAUGCGGAGUGGAAAUUAAAGCAUCGAGCAGGCAAGCUAUGAUAGGUAGCUUGACCGAUAAUUCAACGGAAACUUUUUGGGAAUCCGGUGACGAAGAUCGGAACAAAACAAAGACGAUAACUAUCAUUUGUGGUGCUCAUUCUCUUCCUCGAAUGGUGUACAUUCAUAUCGAUAACUGUCGUGAUCUGACGCACAAAGUAUCUAGUGUUACGUUUCAAUCGGGUAAUAACGUGGAUGAAAUGAUCAAAUUGAGAACUGUAGAAGUCGAAAGCCGUUCCGCCGGAUGGAUUAACUGUCCAGUCACUGAUCCACGUCAUGUUAUCGUCGGUCUAAAAUUGAAAGGUCCAGAUAAUUCUUUGCGAGUACGACAGAUACGAAUUUUAGGUGAAAUUGAAGGGGAAUCUUUGAAAAUUGGAAAACAGUUGAACGCCCAAACGAUUCAACAAAGAAAUUGUGAAACGGAAACGCUAAAAGUGUUCCGUUUAAUUACUUCUCAAGUAUUUGGAAAACUUAUACAAGGUGAACAACAACAACAACAAAUGGAUACUACGGAAGGAACUAACGAAGACUUGGAGGAUAGUAAUGAUCUCCGCGAGCACAUGGUUGGAAUUUUAUUCAGUAGAAACAAUUUAACCCAUUUACAAAAACAAGUUUGUACCCACAUUGUUCAAGCUAUUCAAAAAGAAACCAUUCGUCUAAGAGAAGAAUGGGAGGCUCUAUUAUGUUCUCCGACUCCUGCUAAUAGUCUGUUAAGUGAUAAUAGCGAUUUGCCUAAAGCAGCAGAUGCAUAUUGCUUUGAAAUGUUAUCCAUGGUACUAGCCUUAAGUGGUAGUUCAGUAGGACAGUAUUACCUGUCGCAUCAAUAUGGAUUAUUGAAAGAUUUGUUGAGUUUGUUACAUACUGGAUCGGCAAGAGUGCAACGUCAAGUAACAUCUUUGUUGAAAAGAAUUUUACCAGAAAUUAAACCAGAAGUGUUAGCUAAUGUCAUUAGUGUCAAACGAUUACCACCGACAGAUUUUAGUAUUAUAUCCGCAAAUAAUGGUCUUUCUCAUAGUAGCGAAUUUGAUGAGCAUUCCGCGGGAAUUCUUGACGUUUUCUUAAGUUGUAUUGCUAAGGCGCUCACGGUUCAAGUUAAGGUAAAAGGAAAAGAAAACAAUGGAAAAGCCUUGCAAAGUGUAUCAUUAGCUACUAGUAUUCAUCCAAAAAGUCAAGUUGGAACAAGAUGGUGGUUAAGAGGAUGUAUGACUCGAAAAUUAGCCGAAGUGAUAAUACAACUUUUGAAAGAUAUGGCAUCGGGAAAAUUAUCAGAAGCAUGGGCAUCGGUGACUAAAGCAGCUAUUGCGGAAAAUAUUUUAAAUCUUACCAGAUUGGACGAAAGAAGCCGUGAUCCAACUGAGUGUCUUAAAACCCCAACUUUAUGGCUUGCCCUUUCUUCCUUGUGUGUAUUAGAUUCCGAUCAUGUCGAGAGGUUGUCUUCGGGUCAAUGGAGCGGUACCGAGGGACAACCGCCGCCGCCUAGACCAACGUGUAGUAAUCAUGACGAUGGCGAGACAACGGCAAUUAUACAAUGUAACGUUUGUGGAAAUUUAUGCUCGGAAUGCGAUAGAAUUUUGCAUUUACAUAGAAGAACACGUAUGCAUAUAAGACAAGUUUGCAAGGAGGAGGAAGAAGCGAUACGGGUAGAUCUUCAUGAGGGAUGUGGCCGAACAAAAUUGUUUUGGAUUUUGGCGCUUGCCGAUAGUAGAACGUUAAAAGCAUUGGUGGAAUUUCGUGAUGGUUCGCCAAGAAAACCCGUUGGUGCUACAUCUGGAAUUUGCAGAUUUUGCGGCACUACUGGAAAUACAGGUUUGCUAGCUGUAGGAAAUAUUUGCGCAGAUCAGGAUUGUCAAGAGCAUAGUAAAAACGCGUGCAGCAAAGUACACGUAUGUGGACAUAUUUGUGGAGGAGUACGAAACGAGAAGAAUUGUCUACCUUGUCUACAUAGAUGUUUACCGGGAAGUGAUUUGAAGCAAGAUGCUGAUGAUAUGUGCAUGAUUUGCUUUACGGAAGCUCUAUCUGCUGCACCUGCGAUUCAAUUACAAUGUGGACACGUUUUCCACUUGCAUUGCUGUAGGCACGUUUUAAUGAAAAGAUGGGUAGGACCUAGAAUAACUUUUGGAUUUUCUCUUUGUCCAAUUUGUAAAGUUCCAAUGGAACAUCCUACUUUGACGGAUCUAUUAGCUAAUAUAAAGGAGCUUUACGAAGAUGUGAGAAGAAAGGCCUUAAUGCGGUUAGAAUAUGAAGGAUUGCACAAAGCGGAAUCAACAUUUGGACCAGGAGGAAGAUAUCAUGAAGAUCCUGCUGCAUACGCAAUGGAACGCUAUGCGUAUUAUGUUUGCUACAAAUGUCAGAAAGCCUAUUAUGGUGGUGAAGCACGAUGCGACGCACAAGUAGGUGGAGAAACGUUCGAUCCUACAGAAUUAGUUUGUGGAGGUUGUAGCGACGUGGCAAGGGCUCAGAUGUGUCCGAAGCAUGGAGCAGACUUCCUAGAGUAUAAGUGUCGUUAUUGUUGCUCGGUGGCAGUCUUCUUUUGCUUUGGAACUACACAUUUCUGUAACCCCUGCCACGACGACUUCCAACGAGUCACCACCAUUCCAAAGGGUGAAUUACCUUCGUGUCCUGCAGGACCUAAAGCAAAACAACUCGAAGGGGACGAAUGUCCUUUACAUGUUAAACAUCCACCAACUGGCGAAGAAUUUGCGCUUGGUUGUGGCAUUUGCCGUAAUGCGCAUACUUUUUAAGAUUCUAAAACAACUUGACUAUGGGACGAAACUCUUUCAUAAUUUAUAUUUGACACGAUAAAAGUUGCUCUUAAAACUAUUAGAUUACUUACGAAUGCAGUAUAUAAACGAAUAUAGUUCGAUAUAAGUAUUCUCAUAAUUUAAAAAAUACGUGUCUCUAAGUGCUAUGUGUAUAUCGAUUUUUAAGAAUUCCUAUAGUGAUCGCAAAAGUGGAAUUGAUGCAAUAUACUUACAAAAGGAAACAUAUAGACACAACUGAAUAGCUGCAAUUAUAAGUGAGAAUUUGAUGAUGCGUGAAACUAUAAUAUUUGUUAAGUAUUACAUAAGUCGUUUUUAUUGGUAAUUUUAGAAAUUACUGAAACGCAUAGAAAAGACGAAAGAAUCUUGUGCAUAUAUUAAACUUCCAUACAAA